GGUCGUGGCUGAGGAAGUGAAGGAGAUACGGGACAUGGUGAAGGCAUUAACGAGACAGGUUACAAAGAUUGUGACCGCUACAGGGGCCACGCCCUACCGGGACAAACCUGGACGGCCCUAUUCACUUCGCUGGGACCGUAGGAACAACGAUUCCUGGAGGAGUGUCGAGGAUAGAAAUCCUCGGACGCUGACUGAUUAUCGUACGAGGGGAAGAGAGAGACACGAUGCGCCAUGGCGACGUAGGGAUGAUGAGAUAGACCGAGACCGGAGAGAUCGCGAGCCGUUUGCGCGAGCAAAGAGGCUGGAUGAUUACCCGCGAAGCCCUCGCUAUGAGGCCGAUCGGGGUAGAGGCGACUCCCGUGGACGAUGGGAGACAGAUCAGGGCCGACGAGAUGAAUAUAGGGACGAGAGAUACGAGAGAUCGGAUCGAGAUGGAUAUAGGGACGACAGAUACGAGAGAUCGGACCGAGACGGAUAUAGGGACGACAGAUACGAGAGGUCGGGUCGAGAUGGCUACAGAGGUGGUAGGUAUGAAAGAGGAGAUCGGGACUGGGAACGACGAGAUGGGUCGCGCGGACGGUUUGAGCGAGGGGGAGAUGCGAGAGAGCAGCGCGAUGAGUCGCGGGGGUGGUACAACCGAGGGGACCGACGCGAUGAGUCACGAGGGCGAUAUGAUUCGGGGGACCGCCGGAAUGAUUCGCGAGGGCGGUAUGAGCAAGGAGGGUCUAGAGGAGACCGCCGCAACGAUUCGCGCGGUCGGAAUGAGAGAGGGGGAUAUGGCGUCUCAUCAGAACCAUAUCCCAAGUCGCCUGACCCUAAGGCAGCCAGGAGUUCGAUCUCUAGAAGCGCAGACAACAGACCAUCUACUCCUAGGAACUCAUGCGUCUACUGUAGAGGAGAAGAUCAUAUCAAGAGGGAUUGCCCGGACCUCAAAUGGGCAAUAGAUGAGGGACUUGUCGUGCUUGACGACCGCAAGUACGUCAAGUGGGCAGAUGGUCUGGGAGAUGUAUGGAUGUUCCCUUCGAUUAAGGAGAAUGUCCAAGCAAGGAGAGUAAAGCCGAGUAAAGAACAGGAGCCGGUCAGGAGCCAGAGCAUCAAGAUAACCUUUGAGGGGGAUAUGGCGACCACACCCAUAAGGGUGGCAGCCACCAAGUCGGCGAGAGGGUUUACAUCGAAGAAGACUGACACGSAUUACGUGAUGACGGAGAAGGACGGGCAGCGGGUCGAUGGAGAGAAGGUUAUCCUUUCGCCGCGAAAGAGGGGAGUGAAGAAGUUCUUAAUGAAGAGUUCGCUGAAUGAGAUUGACACGGUCGAGCCACUGAGGUGGGCCCUUCGACAACCCAUGCUGUGCUUUAUUCUGGAGUACCUGGCGGCAUCGAAGCCGGCUCGUGAUGAAUUACAGAUGAUCACGCGGAAGACUCGCAUACCUCUAUCGGAGGAGGGUCAGGGGGCCCCUAAGGCGGAAGCUUCUACAGUAGUAGUAACGGGUGUGACUGCCAGAGCGGAUCGCAUGACGACAGUCCUUCUCGAUGGAAUGAAAGGUGUGCCUCCAGACAAGUUUUUUAUACUUGGUAGCGGGGCCGUGGAGACGAUUAUAAACGAUGGAGCGGUACUCGAUGCUGUGAUCGAUAACGGCAGUGAGGCUGUCAUCAUAGACGAGGACCUGGCAGUACAGGUUGGACUAGGCCUCGAUAGGUCAUACCUAUUCGAGAUAGAGACGGCUGAUGGGCGAAAGCAACAGAUCACUGGGGUUUGUCACAAGGCAGCCAUAGAGGUCCAAGGGGUACGAGUGACCCUGCCUGUCUUUGCAGUGAAGAACUGCAGUUCCGGCCUGCUCUUGGGUCGAACGUGGCUGAACCACGUGCAUGCGGUGACGAUAGAGCGACCUGAUGGGAACCAAACAUUGUCCAUUAGGAAGCCAGAUGGGACGCGGAAGGCUGAGCCAUUGAGACUACUCCUUCGAAAAACUGAGAAAUUCUACUGGGAUUCCUCGCAGGAACUCGCUAUGCAAGAGCUUAAAGAUGAACUUAAGGAGGGAGGACGCGUACUGGGCGUGCCGUACUUUGAUGAUGAGGUUGGGAGACCCUUCAUAAUAGCCACGGAUGCUGGGCCUUGUUCGGUAGGAGGGUUGCUGUCUCAGAAGGACGCUGAAGGGAAGGAAAGACCGUUAAGAUUUGAGAGUAGGACACUUAAUACGGCAGAGCGAAACUACAGUCAAUUCAAGAAGGAAGUAUUAGUUGUUCUGCGGUGUCUAGACACGUUCAGACAUUAUAUCUAUGGACGACGGUUCAUCUUGAGAGUGGAUCCCACCGCGGUCGCCUCUGUCCUCCAGAAAGACUUUCGCCUGACAGCCCCGACCAUUGCCCGAUGGUUAAUACGGAUUCGACUAUAUGAUUUCACAGUAGAGAGGAUAUCUGGCACUAAAAAUGUCGUAGCGGAUGGGCUCUCUCGGAUCCCUCUUGAGGGCGAGCGCCCGAUAGUAGCUGGAGCCCUGACAAUGGCAGAGCCGAGACGCGCCGAAAGAUUUCUAGUUAAUCUUUACGAGGGCAAGUACCGAACGAUCGGAUUAUACCUCACGGGAGAGGAGAGUCAAGAUUCAGAUAUCCGGAGACAAGCAGCCCAGUACUGCCUUAGAGCGGGCCACCUUUUCCGAAGGCCAGUAGGGUCGGGAAUGCCCUUACGAGUAGUCUGUGAUCCUGAGGAGAGACAGACGAUAGUUGCGGAGCUUCACGACGGGGUAGUCGGAGGACACAGGGGAGUCAAAGGAACCUACGAAAAGAUACGCCGGCUGUACUAGUGGGAAGGACAGUAUAAGGACGUCGAGAGAUACUGUAUGACAUGCGAGGAAUGCCAGAAAAGGGCUCUUGUGAAAUACAAA